GUUUACUGCACACCUACUUUAUAAUCAGGUCAUUUGAUGCUAAUACUUGAUUGUGAGAAAAACAUUUUAUUUAUUUUAGUUUUUUUUCUAUUAUAAACAAAACUGCCAUAAACUUCUUUCGUGUCUCUUUAGUUCUUCUGGGUUAAAUAUUUAAUGGUGGAAUCGCUGGUUUCCAGGACACAUUCAUUUUCAACUUUAGCAGAUCUGAGACCCCCAAUGAAGACAGCCAACCACACAGCAGUAAGAGAGUUUGUUUUCCAAGCUUUCUCCAACUUCCAAGAACAUCAACUCAUACUCUUUGUAGUGUUUCUCACCCUGUACACCCUAACUCUGGCUGGCAAUGUCAUCAUUGUGGCUGUUAUCCACGUUGACCAACACCUCCACACCCCAAUGUACUUCUUUCUAAGUGUUCUCUCCACAUCAGAGACUUUCUACUCCCUGGUCAUUAUCCCACGCAUGCUUUGCAGCCUUGCAGGCCUAAGCCAGUCCAUCUCCGUGGAGGGCUGUGGGGCUCAGCUCUUUUUCUUCCUCGGCUUCGCCAUCACCAACUGCUUCCUGCUAGCAGUCAUGGGGUAUGACCGCUACGUGGCCAUCUGCAACCCACUUCGGUACUCAGUCACUAUGAGUUGGAGGGUCUGUACCAUGCUGGCCUCCUCAGUCUGUACCACAGGGUUCUCACUCUCACUGGUUCAGGCCCUGGCCAUCUUCAGACUGCCCUUUUGCAAGUCACUUAUUAAGCAUUUCUUCUGUGAUGUUCAACCUGUGCUGGACCUGGCCUGUGCUACCCCAGUCAUCAAUGACAUUUUGACCUUAAUUAUCAGCCUGUUGGCCAUCAUAGCACCUGCCACCUUCCUCUUCACCUCCUACGUCCUCAUCAUCUCCACCAUCCUCAGGAUCACCUCGGCUGAGGGCCGGAAGAAGGCCUUUGCCACCUGCGCCUCCCACCUCACGGUGGUCAUUGUCCACUACGGCUGCGCCUCCAUUGCCUACCUCAAGCCCAGGUCAGAGAACUCCCGGGAUCAGGACCAGCUGAUCUCAGUGACCUACACUGUCAUCACCCCCCUACUGAACCCUGUGGUGUACACCCUGAGGAACAAAGAUGUCCAGCAUGCUCUACAAAGAGUGGUAGGUAGGAAAUCCCUUCCCUAAGAUAAAAAUCUCUGCCCAUAUUGGCAUGCAUGUCUUUCAGAUGGAAGCAUAUAGGUAAAAUUACAGGGCCAGGGCUUCAAGUGCCUGGUGAAGUCUCAUACAUCACCGCCAGGUCCAGGGCAAAAGUAGAGCUGGGGCCAGCCUCUACUAAUUGAGUCUCACUUCCUCAACCUCUAUUAACAUAAUAGAAACAUAGGUCACUCUGCAUACCUGUAAACAGACACCCAUUGGCCCUAUUCCAGGAGAUAAUUACAAGGUCAGAGUGUGAUCUCGUGUUCAUCUCAAGCUUAAAUUUAAAGUGACCAGUCCACUUUGCUGAAGUAUAAACCACAUUAAAAUCACCACUCAACUGACUCUUCUUUUAACCCGUGUGAACAGAGCACACAUGACUUGGUCUGAUCCUUCGCGGCUUCUGGCUGAAGGUAAGAAGUCCUUGCAGGACUGAAAGAAAUGUCUCCCUCAUGGGCAGGACGAACAGGCUCAGAGGAACAGAUGGACAGACAGCUCAGGGCAGAAUGAACACUAUGAAAUUGGCUAAGACGAAACACAAAACAGCAGCAGAUCCAAACUGGAGCUUCCAGUGACAGGAGAGUAAGAGAAGGUGGGAGGGCCAGGGGAGGGUCAGUAGGAGCAAAAAGAACUUAGGAAAGGUCCUUGAGACGGGAGCCUCUCUUGCCCUUUGUAAGCCCAGCCACAAAGACAAGGAAAGAUAAUUAAAUGGGAGUAUGAGAAAGAGUCGACAUAACACCUUUCUGAUAAAUUGGGUCAUUUCAUUACUCCUGAAAAGCUGCAAGAAGUCAACAGUAAAGGAUUUUGACAUGAAAACUUUACUAAAACUAAAGUGACUGAGUUAAAAAUGGAUUAAAGACUAUUUGCUGUUCCUCACUUCAAAAAUAUUAAAAAAGACUUUAUAAUAGGGGGAGUCUAGUAACCAUAAUAUAGCUCAUAUAAUUGUACAUUAAUGAUAGCAAAAUAAAAAAAAU